AUGGCGUUCGUACAGCAAGCGGCCUCGGCCCAGAUGACUCCGCGGUUUCAGAGCUAUGAGUCCUCCCCUCAUCAGCUGCCCCCGGGGUUAUAUCGGAAGGUUGAAAUUGAAGCCACCACGGAGAAUCUCUACCAGAACCCUCUUGCCUCGUCACGAACCAGGAUGUCCGCACCCUUUCUGGUGUAUCCUAUUUCUUCUACCAAAGGACCGAAGGACCGUUGCAGAUCUAUUCAACUCGCCCUGCACUCUGUCAUGAGACCAGUACUACAAGCGCAGGUAAGCAGCUCGCCGGAAACUCCGAGCAAGGGGUGUAGAGUGUUUGGCAAGCAGGGUCAAGAACAUUUCCACCAUUUGGAGCUACGCUCAGUCUAUGGCUAUGCGGAUCCCAUGCCCUGCAGUGGAGUCUGCACCGUCGCACACGAUCCCGCCUUGAUUCGACGAGGUGACGGAAAAUACUAUCGAUUCGCCACCGGUGGUAAAAUUUCCAUCCUCAGCGCACCACACAUUACCGGGCCAUGGACGUCAGUAGGCCCUGCCAUUCCCAAAGGUUCAAUAAUCGGCCUGGCCGGCAGGACCGAUCUCUGGAUACCGAUGUUGAAGGCCCCAGAUGUUACCAAGGUUGGCGACACUUACUACCUAUACUACUCCGUGUCAACCUUCAGUUCACAAAACUCGGCUAUCGGUGUCGCAACGAGCAAAGACAUGGACACUUGGACCGAUCUCGGGGCCACGGGAAUAUCCUCGGUACCGGUAGAUGGGAAAAACCCCCCGUACAAUGCCAUUGAUGGUGCGCUGUACUGGGACGGCUCCAAGUUUGUCAUGUCCUUUGGUUCCUUCUGGGGCGGCUUGUUCACCAUCGACAUGGAAAAUCCACCGGUCAAGAUCGCCUCCGGUGCGACCGCCAAAAGUAUCGCUUUCAAGCCCUUAGGCGGCCACGCCCAGGAAGCUGCGUUCAUUGCUAAGAACGGCAACUACCACUACCUGUUCUUCUCUGUAGGAAAGUGCUGUGGCUAUGACAAGGGGCGUCCGGAACCGGGAGACGAGUACAAGAUUCAGGUCUGCAGGUCGACAAGUGCCACCGGCAGCUUUGUUGAUAAAGCUGGUCAGAGAUGCACCGAGGGAGGCGGAACCACUGUGCUGGAGUCACACGGCUGGGUGUACGGACCGGGCGGUCAAGGGGUGUACUAUGACCCUACGGAUGGGCCGGUGCUUUACUACCACUAUGUGGACACACGUGUUGGUUAUAGUGACGGCCAAAAGAGGUUCGGCGUCAACAAGAUUGACUUUUCCAGCGGAUGGCCUGUCGUAUAA